GGAGUGUUUAUUUUAUUUUUUAAAAAAUAAUCUAUAGUGACAACAAUGGAAGAAAUUACAAUUUUUAUGACACAUUUUUUUUUGAAAAACAAUAAUGAAGGAAUUUUUUUUUUCUUACUUUCUAUUUGUUUUGACUCAAGGCUAUUCUCCCCGUCAAAUAAAGACGCUAUGCUCUUCUGUUUCCCUCUUCAUCAUAUAUACUCUCAUAAUAUUUAUAUCUGUCUCCAUCAAAUUCCUGCCAUUUGAAGCAUCUCAUCUUAUCAAAUCGACUUUUCUUAUAUGUUUUAGCUCAUGGAAGUAGCCAUCACAAACAUGCUGCAAACUUAUGUGGAUUGGGUGAGAAGGGCGUUUGAAGCUCCCUCUGCUCGGGCUCAUGUCUUUGGAGUCCAAAUUGGGGGUCAUUUAUUCGUUGAAGGUCUUCUCUUUGUGGUCAUUGUCUAUCUGCUUACCCAGAAAAGUUAUGCGCCUCCAAAGAGACCAUUGACGAAGAAGGAAAUUGAUGAAUUAUGUGAGGAAUGGACUCCUGAACCUCUUAUUCCAGCUAUUACUGCAGAAAUGCUACGUGAACCUCCAAGACUAGAGAGUGCUGCUGGGCCGCACGCAAUAAUCAAUGGAAAAGAAGUUGUGAAUUUUGCAUCAGCUAAUUAUCUGGGAUUAGUUGGACAUAAAAAGUUACUUGAUUCAUGUACAUCUUCAUUAGAGAAAUAUGGUGUUGGUUCAUGUGGUCCUCGUGGUUUCUACGGAACUAUUGAUGUGCAUCUAGAUUGUGAGUCUAGAAUCGCAAAUUUUUUGGGAACUCCAGAUUCAAUACUUUACUCAUACGGACUUUCCACCAUGUUUAGCACAAUUCCAGCUUUUUGCAAGAAAGGCGAUAUAAUUGUUGUGGACGAAGGCGUUCAUUGGGGCAUUCAAAAUGGACUUCAUUUGUCAAGAAGUAAAAUUGUCUAUUUCAAGCACAAUGAUAUGAAAUCCCUUGAAAGCACUUUGGAGAAGAUAACUAUUGACAACAAACGGGCGAAGCAAAUUCGGCGUUACAUUGUAAUAGAAGGAGUUUAUCAGAAUUCUGGUCAAAUUGCUCCUUUAGAUGAGAUUAUUACCCUCAAAGAAAAAUACCGGUAUCGCCUUUUGAUGGACGAGAGCAAUUCAUUUGGGGUUCUUGGUAGUUCUGGAAGAGGUCUCACAGAAUACUAUGGAGUUCCUACUGAAAAGAUUGAUAUUAUAACAGCAGCAAUGGGUCAUGCAUUAGCUGCAGAAGGAGGAUUCUGUACUGGAAAUGCAAGAGUCAUUGAGCACCAGCGCUUAAGCAGCUCUGGAUAUGUAUUUUCUGCUUCUUUGCCGCCAUACCUAGCUAGUGCUGCAAUCUCUGCUAUUGAUGUUCUUGAAGAAAAUCCCAAUCUGAUUAAGAAGUUGAAGGAGAAUCUAGCAAUAUUAUGGGCGGGUUUAUCAGAUCUGCCAGGUUUUGAAAUCGCAAGCAAUCCUCAUGCACCCAUAGUUUUUCUGAAACUGGUAAACUCGACGGGCUCUUUAAAGAGUGAUAUGCAACUGCUUGACAACACUGCUAAUCAGCUUUUAGAAGAGCAUAACAUCUUUGUCGUGAGUUCUAAGCGUUCGACUCUAGAUAAAUGUCCUCUACCUCUUGGAUUAAAAUUGUUUGUAUCAGCUGGACAUACUGAUUCUGACCUGAAGAAAAUUUGUGAUGCAUUGAAGAUCGUUGUGCCCUCGACCCUAAAGAAAGGUUCUCAAACUUGACAUUUGAAAAUUGUUUCGUAUUUGAUAUUUGGAUGUGGAAGCGAAUAGCGGAGUCAGCAUAGACAGAUGGGUAAUCAGGAGAGCUUUAAACGGUGGCACGUUAAGGGAUCUUAUUCAUUUGAGGUUAUUGAAAGAGAGGUACAUACUUUAAUUUUAACAAGAUACACCUUGAUUGGGAAGGGAAUGAGUAUUGAGUAGGGGGUUUGGAAAGUUUUGGAGAAAUGAGAGUUUUGUAAAUCCAAGGUGUGCUAUUGCCACUCUAUUUAACAGAAAUUGUUAAGUAAAAUGUUUGCCUAUACUUGGUGUCCUCUAUUAGUGUUUUUGUACCAAAAAACGUGUAUAGUGAUUCUUUACUUGCUCUGGAUUAUGAUUUAUUUAAAAAGUAUUAUCUCAUGUGAUUCAUUUAAGA